AUGACUUUCUCUGAAACCAACCCCAAGGACGCGGACAACAUGCCCGACGAUGAGCAUGCCGUCAUUACCCUGAGAAAUUUGAUUUUAGACAUCUGCAACCAGAAUGGCGGAGGCCAUGGUGGAUCUGCUAUUGGCAUGGCUGCAAUAGGUGUGGCUUUAUGGAAGUACACCAUGCGGUAUAACCCCUCAAAUCCAGACUGGUUUGACAGAGAUCGAUUUGUACUUUCUAAUGGUCAUUGUGCGAUGUUCCUGUACGCGCUCAAUCACUUGACAGGAUUUGAUGCCUGGACAAUGAAUGAGCUAAAGGGGUAUGGAAGCGCGAAAGAAAAUGGCUUCACCACCAUUGCACAUGGCCAUCCAGAAAUCGAAUGCCCUGGUAUUGAAGUUACCACGGGGCCCCUUGGACAGGGAAUCGCCAACGCGGUUGGCUUGGCUAUUGCUUCCAAGAACCUAGCAGCCCGGUUUAAUAAGCCUAUGUAUGAAAUCGUAAGCUCUCGAAUCUAUUGCAUGACGGGUGACGGCUGUUUGAUGGAAGGUGUUGCGCUUGAAGCAAUUGCGCUGGCAGGUCAUUUGCAACUAGAUAAUUUGGUUCUGGUCUACGACAACAAUGGUGUUACUUGUGACGGCCCUCUUUCUUGGAUUAAUAGCGAGGAUAUCAACGAGAAAAUGCGGGCCUCGGGGUGGCAUGUCCUUGAUGUAAUGGAUGGAUGUCAUGACGUUCAAGCCGUUUGCUCAUCUCUGAAAUAUGCCCAAUCUUUGAAAGGGAAGCCCACUUUUAUCAACAUUCGCACCAUAAUCGGUGUUGGUACUAGCACAGCUGGGACCGCGAAAGCACAUCACGGAAGCUUUGACGCGCAAAGCGUUGCGAAGUCCAAGUUGGCGAUUGGGCAAGAUCCCUCCCAAACCCACAAUCCAACUUCUCGUGGCCUGAACUACUUCCGCGAACGGAAACAACAUGGAGAGGCCUUGGAAAAGAGCUGGGAACAUUUGUUAAUGAAAUACACUCUUGAAUACCCCGAGUUGGCACGUGAUUUCGCCUUACGACUGCGGGGUGCGAAGCCGGACUUGCGGUCACUCCUCCAAGACCUGGACAGUAGCCAACUCAGCAAAAUGCCAACCAGAGAGUCAAAUGGAAUCGUUCUCCAGUACCUUUGGGAGGAGUGCCCCUCAUUUUGUGGUGGCGGCGCAGAUCUUGUUAACUCCAACAAAUUUGUUUACUCUGACACCGAUGUUUUCCAUCCAUCAGUCAGUUACCAGGGCCGAUACAUCAGAUAUGGAAUAAGGGAGCAUGCUAUGGCCUCUAUUUCAAAUGGACUCGCAGCAUACAACCCGGGAACCUUUUUGCCAGUCACCGCAACAUUCUUGAUAUUCUACAUCUAUGCAGCGCCUGGGGUGCGUAUGGGGGCUCUCAGUCAUCUUCCUACAAUUCAUAUCGCAACUCAUGACUCGUUCGCCGAAGGCCAGAAUGGCCCUACUCAUCAGCCAGUGGAGCUUGAUUCCUUAUAUCGCGCCAUGCCAAAUCUCACAUACAUCCGGCCAUCAGAUGCCGAAGAGGUGAUCGGCGCUUGGAUGUGGGCAGUGGAAUCUGCAAGCAGUCCAACAAUGAUCUCCGUUGCACGUGAUCCAGUCGAUCACGCACCAGCGACAAGUAGAUUCAAUGUAUCCAAAGGAGCAUACGUACUUGAGGAGCAUCCGGAUGCCCAUCUGACAUUGGUCAGCUGCGGUACGAGCUUGCACCACACUAUCCGUGCUGCAGACGAGCUAUAUGAACAAAGCUGCAUCCGUUGUCGGAUUGUCAGUGCUCCGAGCUUUGAUUUGUUUGAUCAGCAAGCCGACCAAUACCGAGAGUCUGUUUUCCCUCAUGACGGAAUGCCUAUCAUCAGCGUGGAGGAAUAUGUGGCCACUCUGUGGGCUCGUUAUGUUACAGCCAGCGUGGGCAUGACUUCUUACGGGUACUCUGCGUCUAACUCGAGCAACUACGAGCGCUUUAGAUUGAAUUCGCGGGGAAUUGUAUCUCGUGUUCAGAGCUACCUCGCUUUUUUGAAUGGACGCAACGCAAGACAGAUUGGUUGGCGAUCGAUCUAG